AUGUCGACAAUUGAGUACUCACCUCCAGUCCUGGAACGAACAGCGCUUUCAAUGAGAUGGAGUGGGAUUGUCACACUCCACAAUGAGAAUUACGUCCAGGGAGCUCAUAACGACGAGCAUCGUUGUUUCGCAGCUGAAAGCAAGAACCCAAACGCGGGGAUUGAUCGGUCGCACUUCACCGUUACCGUCGAUGAUACCUUGCCCCUGGAAGAUGGAGCAGUUGUGGAGCUCUCGGGUUAUGUCACGGCCCUGAAUAAUGGUGAAGAGGCAGUGGUUCACGUGUACGGCGCCUUAAGACAAUUGAGUACAAUUGCAGUCGAAUUAUCCAACUUUCAAGUAGAUGUGCUUAAUGUUACCAGUCGAGGUAUCAUCACUGAGCCUAGGAUCUCCAAAGGUAAUUGGAGUUCCUUAGUCGUACAGCAUACAGUGUGGAUCACCGCCUGGCGCGCAUGGAGAGAUUACACAGCCAUUUAUGUUGAUGUAGGAGAUGUGGUCAUACCUAAGGCAGUAGACCUUCUUGCCGGAGUAAUGGUUGACUUAGAAGGGACCCUUUUAGAAUUCUCAGAAACAGGAAACAUGUGGGCGAUACAUGGGCACAAAUGCUUCAGAAGCGAUGUGAUCGUCCGCAGAGAUGCCGUCAAAGGUGUACCUCUGGUGAUCACGUCAAACGACGAAGCCACAUCGUUGAAAUCCAAUUGUGCGUACAACGUGGAGGGACAAGUUGUAGCAAGAAACGGUACUUCAAUUAUCUUCACGGAGGCCAACAGUACUAGCAUUGUGGACGAGGCUGAGAUCCCCGUCAACUCCUUGCUGGACACGGUUUUGGCACAGGGGCUUGGCCGGAUCGUUGAAUGGUUCGUCCAAGAUCCAGAUCAAGGCGGCUACGGACAAGAGGUUAUCAAAGUUUUACAUCGAUGGCUAGACUCAGAACAUUCGCGCCUGAUAGACUUCUACGCAUAUUAUAGGCUCAAUCCCCGCAUCACGGCGACGUUAACUGGCGAUGCCCUGAGUGUAGGCAACGUCAUCUGCCUGCGGGGCAAUGUAGUGGGUCAUGACUCACUCAGUAACGCUUGGGGAAUAGAGGUGCGACCUCUCAAAACUCCAUCUACGUGCAGUGGGCUAAUCGUGUCUCAAUUGCAGACGACUGAAGUGCAAAUGGCACAACGGAUAGCAGUUUGUAGGCGCAGCCGUUGUAAAGAACGCAAUAAUCCAAUAGCCAUGUAG